GUCCACAGCCUUAACAAUUCUGUGAUCUCAACCAUGGCAGAACCAAUGUCAACGCUCUCGCCGGGCAAGCUCAAUGCGAAUUCGAACUCGAUGCUGAUCGAAGACUACUUUGACAUGACUUUCCACGAACAACCUUCGUCGCCUUUUGUGUCGCAUAUCGAGAACGACCAGGAGAACAUUGCGCCUAAUGUCGCACCGACACCCUCGAAGCUCCUGCCCGAAUUUAGUGACGAAGUACUGCAGUCCGCCAUCAAGAUUUCACCUGAAAAGAAGUUUGGAACAAAGGAGCGCGCAAGCCCAAUGAAGAAUUCACCUGUUAAGAAUUUGAUGGAUGACUUCGAAGAGGCAGCAUUCAAGUCCAGCGUCGGUAGUCAAAAUAGCCCCAAGAAGUGUUCGCCAGUCAAGCAGAUCGCUAUGGAGCGACCCGAGUCCGCCAUGAGCAGCCGUUCCCUUAAGAGUCGGUCGCGUCCGGAGUCUCCUCGCGCGCCAUCAUUUGAAUCCUCACAACAAAUAGCACCUUCCGAGGACGAUACCCAAGAAAUACUUCCUACACCUUCUAAACGCCCGCCAUCCUUUCAUAGGGACUCUGCACUGCGCGAAAACGAAGGAUUGACGGUUGCCAUGAGAUACAUGGAAGAGACACGCACAGAAAGCCAUGAGAAUCUCACCAGACAGAGAUCGCCGGAGGAUGAGUUUGAAGUAGAUCUGGGGUUCGAGAAUACCGAUUUCAACCCCGACGGGCCCGAGUGCACGUCAGCAGAUAUGGACGAUACCUGCUUCAGCAACUUUUCCGAGAUGCCUGGGCUAGACAUGACCAAGUUUGCAUUCCUCAAGCAGAGCCCUGCGAAGGGUGAACCACAAGAUGCCACUCCUCGGGCUCGCCCACACAUGACACCUUCAACGGUCCGCCGCGCCGAACGCACACCUUCUCCCACACCUCGCCGUACAUACAAGGAGAACGACACUACAAACCUGCUUCUCGAUUUCACAGCGCAGUUUGAGUCGUUCUCAUCGUCUCGCCGUAACUCCCCAGCUCGCGGACGCCCCUCACCCCCCAAAUCCUCAACACAACCAGACCUUCGCUCUUACUAUCAGAACCAGCGAUCGCCUGCCAAGGGUGGACCGUACGUCCCGGCUACUCCAAGCCAGAGUCGCCAGAUGUUCAAUCUUCUGGACUUCGAGCUGCCUCCGCCACCAACACCGCGAUCUUUGCCUACCGUAACUAUCCGGGAAAUGGAGUCUGUGAAGUCACAUUUCCAAUCUCAGAUCUCAUCGCUGACCGCCAGCUUGUCUGGUAAGGAGGCCGAAGUAGGGUCUCUAUCGAAAGCUAUCGCUGACGCCGAGCGUCGGGUCGGCGAGGCCCACGAGACAGUUCGCGACGAGCGAUCAGCCCGCGAGUAUGCGGAGGCACAGAUGACAGACUGGAAGAUGAAGGGCGAAGAAGUCCAGAAGCUUUUGCAGGAUGUACAGUCUGAGUUGGCACGUAAUGAUAACGAGCGUGAGCAGCUUCUUGCGCGACUUGCUGAAGCAGAGAGGCGUACCGAAGAUGCUGAAAACCGCUCAUCCGAGCUCGAGACUAAGGUCAUCGAAGCUGAGAGCAAGAACGUGGACAUGACUACUUUCAUUAACAACGACGAAGAAGAAAACAAGAAAAUCUACUCUGAGAUGGAAUGCCAGGCGGCGAUCGCCGAGAAGGUCAAUGAGGUUGCACGCGAAUUGCAUUCCGCGUACAAGGCUAAGCACGAGAAGAAGAUAAAGGCGCUCAAAGACAACUACCAGAAGAAAGCCGAUGAGCGGUGUAAGGAGCUUCGCGUUCAGAUUAUUCGUCUCGAGCGACAAGUCGAAGAGACUGAGAAGAAGCGCGAUAACACUUUCAGUAAGAUCAUGCAUGGAGAGCCGGGAUCCACAACGGACGAUACGUGCGAGAAAUGCGGCAAGAACGCAAAGGCUUUGUCCUCGGUAUCCUCCUCGAACGCAGAAUAUGUCCAGAAACUCGAGGCUCAACGCGCCGAGCUUGAAAACCUCAAGGCCAAACUCGCCGGUCUACAAUCCGAGCUCCAGUCCCUUCGCAGAUCUCACGACACGCUCGUCGAUGACCUUGAAGCCGAGCGUAUAGAGAAAGGAGAACUAGUCGCCGCAGCAGAGCAGAUGCUCUCCAUGUGCGGCGAGAAGAUGGAGGAACUGCAACAAGGAGACCGACGCUCACAUACUGGAACUGCACCACCAAGCGCACCCACACAACACGCUCCCCCUGAGCAGGUCAUGCGCAACACUGGCUUUCUUGCCGGCAGUUCCACAAACUCGCGCCCAGGCUCCGCCCUCGGAGGACGACCAGGUAGUGCCAUGGGUGCUAGGCAUGAACGUAGUGGUAGUGGGACUGCGAAACCGUCCGGUCUGAGGGCGCCGGGCGGUUUUGGUUUCCAAGGCGGUGCUCCAGCGCUGAACAGAAGUACGAGUGGUGCGGGGAAGAGUAGGCUAUUAAGUAACAUUGAGAGGAUGGGUGGGGGUAGGACUCAGGAGUAGCAUGUCUGGCCUGCUGGCAUUGGGAUUUCGAAGUGGUUUGGGGGUGUUUUGGCUAUGAGGACGGAUCUCGGGUGGGAUGUGAGAACGUGAUAUGGUGUCUGUGUAUAUUGGCGCUUUCUGCUUUUUGGGUGGCGUGUUGGUUGGG